CUCGCUGCACCUCUCGACGACGCGCCGCGGCGCUGCGAGGGGCUCGGUCCGGGGUGCGCCGGCGAUUGGCGGGGGAACGGGACCCGGGGGUGCGGCCGCCCGCGGAUUGGUGAGGCGCGGCGGGGGCGGGCUCGCGCAUGCUCUUAAGUGGCAGCGACGGGGACGGGGUCAGUGCCAAGAUGUCGACGGCGGCGGUUCCAGAGCUGAAGCAGAUCAGCCGGGUGGAGGCGAUGCGCCUGGGGCCGGGCUGGAGCCACUCGUGCCACGCCAUGCUGUACGCCGCCAACCCUGGGCAGCUCUUCGGCCGCAUCCCCAUGCGCUUCUCGGUGCUGAUGCAGAUGCGUUUCGAUGGGCUGCUGGGCUUCCCCGGGGGCUUCGUGGACCGGCGCUUCUGGUCGCUGGAGGACGGCCUGAACCGGGUGCUGGGCCUGGGCCUGGGCUGCCUGCGCCUCACCGAGGCCGACUACCUGAGCUCGCACCUGACCGAGGGGCCCCACCGCGUCGUGGCGCACCUGUACGCACGGCAGCUGACGCUGGAGCAGCUGCACGCCGUGGAGAUCAGCGCGGUGCACUCGCGCGACCACGGCCUGGAGGUGCUGGGCCUCGUGCGGGUCCCGCUGUACACCCAGAAGGACCGAGUCGGAGGCUUCCCCAACUUCCUGAGCAACGCCUUUGUGAGCACGGCUAAGUGCCAGCUCCUCUUUGCCCUCAAGGUGCUCAACAUGAUGCCUGAGGAGAAGCUGGCUGAGGCCCUGGCUGCGGCCACCGAGAAGCAGAAGAAGGCCCUGGAGAAGUUGCUCCCAGCCUCGUCCUGAGGGCUGCCUGGGCUGCUGGCACCCUCCCCUGGGCCGGAAGACUGGGAAUUCCUGCCAAGUGUGGCUUCUAGAGUGUGUGUGUGUACCCCACUUCUGACUGCCUAGGGCAAAGGGGCAUCCUGUCAUCUCCACUGUCCCAAGCAGUCACUAGGUGGUGGCCAGGCCAGCUGGGACCCAGCCCAUCCUCUCAGGCAGAGCAGGGUGGUCUGGGCACGCUGGGCCUGCCUCUCCAGCCUCAGACCCUCCUGUGUGUGUGUGUCUCAUCCCGGCUGGUGGAGGCCCACAGGGACUGCGCACAGCUCCAGGGCCACUCGGAAGACGGGAUGUGUGGGUGGAGGAUGCCUCGUCUAGGUCAGCAUUCCUGCCUCCUUCCUGAGCCAGCUCAGAGCCUGGGGGAGAGCCAACUUGGGGUAGGAAGUUAAUACUGUUAAUUUGGGUGGUUGUUGGAUUUACUUUGCUAGAUUUUCUCUUUCACCACGUGUGAACUGUGGGUGAGGUUUCAAAGUAGCUUCACCCCACGUGGCUUGGUUCCCAGGGACAGUCAGGGCCUCGGGGGCUCAGCUAUGUACGACGAAGCUGUCGAAGGAGAAGACAAUAAAGUCACUCCUCAGCUGC